AUGGUGGCGGCGCGGCGGCGGCGGCGGCGCUGGGGCGUGCUGGGGCUGCUGGCGGCAUACGUGGGCUACCUGGGGCUGGGCGCCGCCGUGAUGCAGGCGCUGGAGCGGCCGGCCGAGGUGCAGGCGGCCCAGAACCUCCUCCGGGAGCGCUGGGAGCUGCUGGCCAACCACACCUGCCUGCAGGGGCCCGCCCUGCAGCGGCUCGUCGAGGGUAUCAUCCAAGCCUACAAGAGUGGCAUAACCCUCCAGGGAAACACCACUAGCCUGGGCAGGUGGGACUACAGUGGGUCUUUCUUCUUCUCCAUAUCUGCAAUAACAACCGUUGGCUAUGGGAACCUGAGCCCCAGCACUGCAGUUGGUCGAAUCUUCUGCAUUGUGUUUGCACUUUUUGGGAUCCCCUUGAACCUUGUACUCCUGAACGAAAUUGGGCACCUGAUGCUGCUUGGGGUUCAGCAUUGUGCCCGUCACCUGGAAGAGGUGUUUCACUGGCAGAAUAAAGCUUCCUUCCUGAUGAAGACCUGUGCACUGGUAACUGGCUUGUUAUUGUUCCUCCUGCUACCUCCCUUGUUAUUCUCUGACAAAGAAGGCUGGUCUUAUGAAGAAGGCUUCUACUAUUCCUUCAUUACCCUCAGCACUAUAGGGUUUGGAGACUAUGUGAUUGGGAUGAACCCAGAUCGCACCUAUCCAAGCUGGUACAAGAAUGUAAUCUCUCUGUGGAUCCUCUUUGGGAUGGCCUGGCUAGCACUGGUUAUCAAAUUUUGCAUCAACAUUCUAGAGAGCUCCAGUGACUUCUGUCAAUGCAACAAGAAGAACACAGAGAUGGCCGAAGAUUUAAUGGAUGGCAACAAAAAUAGCAUGACUGGACUUCAAAAUGCGGAGAUCUGCAGUGACAAAGACACAAAAAUUAAGGGACCAGUUGAAUCUCACUCUUACACAGCUCCUACAGAAACCAUCUAGGGAAGAAAAAUAUUCUCGUUGUCCUGUAGGUUUUAGUGCACCAGAGAUGAGCAAUUUAGAAAUGUGUAAGUGGAGCUGCCCUGACCUGUGAAUGGGAUGAAAGUUUGUUUAUUGAGCUUGAAAUGCUUUUAUUUUGAAUUGAUCAAUGACAGAAUGUUUCAUUUCCAGCACCACCAAGUACUACCAACAGGACUCUUAGCCAAAAGUAGAUUUAUGGAAAUAUUACCUGCCUUUCCACCUCAAUCUAUGAGGUAAUCUUUGACAUCCCCGAGCAACACGAGCUGUUGUGCAUUUCUUUGCAUGAUCUUGCAGCCUCUAGCUACACGUAUGGCA